UGAGUUUUGACUCAGUUUCCUUCAGCGCAACUGAGGAAGACGAUCACGGAGUGAUAGUUAGUGAGUUACCGAGUUAGGGUUUCAAAUUCAACUCACUGAGUCAAUCUUACAUUUUAAAUUUUUUAUUUUCUCUUUUUCACCGGAGAAAACUCUGCUCCGAUCCCUUCUUUCAUUGUUUUUCGAUUUUCCGGCGAGUUUUUACGUAUUCCGGUGACACUAGGGGAACAUAAAUCGAUUCUUUGAUUACGUGACUCGGUUUUGACUUCAAAAGUCUUUACUGAAAUUUUCAACUUGCUAGAUUGGCUUUGAAUUGAUUCAGUACUUCUUUACGGUUUUAUUUCUGGCAUUUUCUUUGAUUCGCAGCAGAAUAAAGAUAAUUUUUUUGGAAUUCCAAUAAUAAAAUUUCUUGUACUUUUUUUAGGGUCUUGUGAAAAUGUCAUAUGCCUGAACCCUUAAGAGACAAUUUUUUUGCUGUAUUGUGAAAUUGGUUUAGUGAAUUCUGCAAAAAUAUAAGUUUCUUUUUACUAUAUAUUUCAAUUUUGGGAAGUAGACCAGUGAUUUUAAUCCAGUCUAAGCACAAAUGAUUAACUUGUACCUUUUGGAAUCGAAUCGAUUUUGAUAUUUGAGGAAAGAAAUUGAACCUUUUUUUUUUUACUGCAUUUGUUGAAUCAUGUUUUUCCUUUUUCAAAGACUUGAUUUUAGUUAAUUCUUUUUUAUUUUCUGUAGUAAUCGAGUUUGUUUUGUUUUGUUUUGUUGGGUUGAAUCGAUCUCUUUCCAAUUUUUGUUUUUGAAUCAAUCAUUUUCCUAAUGUAGUGGUGUCACUGCAACUGGCAGGAAUCACUCGCCAUUUCGACUCUUGUUGGUGUUCUAUAUUUGGCCUUAAAUUCGGUGACUUUCUACUUUACCUGGAUUGUCUCCUGUGGAUGAUACAUGUGGUGUUAACAAAAAAAAAAAAAUCGGUGACUUUCCCUUCAUCAAUAUAAAAUCAUUGGCUUCCAAAAAGACAUUGAAACGGUGUUAGAGUUGGAAGCAUGGCUAUCCCUUUGAUCCGUUUGGCAUGGUCAAUGUGGGGUGGGAGGAGAAAGGAGAAAAAGGCAGUUUCCAAAGCCUCCACUCUGAAUUCCAAACAAUCCUCUGAAUGGGGUCUUGCUAAGGAGACAAAGAUGGGCCCACCACAAAGGAAAGUUGGAAGGAGCAAGGAAGAGAGGAGAGUGCAUAUAGAGUACGAUGAUGUUGUGUUGGUUGCAUCUGAUGAUGAUUGUAGUAGUGACUGGUGCUUGUCCGGUUCUGAAUCUGAUGACUCAGAUUGGUCCAUUGGGUGGUCGGAGCCUCUAGCCUCUGAUUUUCGGAGCAAUGGUGAUGGUUUUGCAGUGCUUGUUCCUUGCUAUAAACCUAGCUGCAAGGUGGUGGAGGCCUCAAAUAAGGCGCUUUUGGGUUUAAUCAAGAACCUCUCCAAUGAAUUUUCUUCUGGAUCUGUGUGUGCUGUAGAAUGUAGAUAAUGUUGAGCAUCCCAUCCUUGUGAUUAUGAACUGGUUUGGAAUUCUUGUUUAUUGGUCUUUUCUGAUGAGUGGUGAAGAAAGUGUCUUCAUCUUGGUUAUUGGAUUGUGAUUUUUGUUUGAUACCUUGGGCUUGUUAUUUUAUGUUAUAUUGAUGCCUGGUAACACAUAAGUGCAGUGGUUUUAAGGCUUCUGUUUCCCUAAAUCAAAAUGCUCAAGGUAGAAUGUUCCCUAAUUGAAUGAUUGAUUGAUUGUGGGAUAGGCAUGAUGUGGGUUUCAGAUUUUUUUUUUCUAUUUUCUAUUUGUUAGUUUUCCCUCUAUUAUUUCGAAUAGCAUUGCUGGCAUUUUCAAGUUAAUUUUCGUUUUCUUUGUUGUCCCUUUCUCUUUCUCGUACUAGCAGGAUCCCUGAACCUCUGCCUCCUUAUUCUGUUUUUUUCUUCUACUAAAUAAUUCCAAUUUUAUCAAAAUAAAGGUCUUGGGUUGAAAAUUUGCUCUUGCAAUCAAUUUUAGAACGUUGCAUUUAUGAUAGAGAAAAAGUUUUUUUUUUUAAUGUAUGAUAGAGAAAAAGUUAUGCACUGAAGUAACUUCUUAAUUUGGGUUAGUAUGUCUGGUCCUCAAUAUAGCUUUAGAGACCCCAUUUUUUUUUUUUUUUCUCUCUUUUAACUUUUUUCUUGGGUAGCUAACUUGAGCGCAAGAUGUUCUGACCUGGGAAGGGUUGCUGAUAAUUAAUUACUUUGGCCUACCAAUUAAUAGUGAAGAAAUAGAAUUACAUUAUGAGAUUACACAAAUGAUAUCUUAUGUUAAUCAGAUAUGUUUAGUAGAUCAAUCUUUUCUUUUUACUUGGAACUAUUAUUGCUUAUGUAGAAUGAACUCUGAACAUGGAUGCUACAAAUUCAAUCAUCAUCAAAAUUCUUAAAGCCUAGGACUAUAACAUAAGGAUGAGGUUGAACUUAUAAACUUUACAACAAUUGCAUACUCCAAUCUGCAUGAGGCCCAGAGCCAUAAAGGGGCGUUGAUCCUGUUGAUUUGGUAAUUUGAAUGAAAGUGCAAAUUGGAAAUUUUGCAUUCAAAAUAGUAUAAUCUCCCAAUUUAUAAUUAGCUAUUUGUAAAAAUCAAAAGAACUGGGAAGUUUUGUUGUGUUAAGAAUGGUGGAGAUUCUUGUUUCUCCAUAUAUGAUUAUGUUGACAACCAUCUAAUUUGCAUUCAUUCACAGCAUAAAUUUGUUAUGACAUGUUAAUUGAAUCUUUUCUGUUUAAGGGAGUAUGCAUGAAUCAUUCAUACUUUUUAACGCGCUGA